AUGGCGGUGAACUGCUCCGAGAUGCGCUUGAACAGCUCCUGGAUGGCNGAGGAGGGCGGAUAUGCUGGCUUCAUCCCCCAGUUUGCCUGGGUGAUGGGGAUGAAUUACCGCAAUGGGGUCACGCAGGCUAUGGAUGAGUUUGACAAAAUCCAGUUCCUGUCUAGAAACCCCAUCUGUGCCCUGGGCGAGAGGCUGCCCCAAACACACUGGCCCAGCAACACCAUCUACAACAGCAAGGGCCUGAUACCUUUCUACAUGGGGUUCAUACCAUCCAUGCAGGACCACUACGCCAUGACGUUCGGCAACAGCACCCGCAAGGCCUACCAGAAAGAACUGGAGAGGAGAAGCCAGACACUAUGA